AAGUUCGUAAUUAUUGGAAAAUUGUUUUUAAAAUAGUGUCAACUUGAUCGUCAACAUGUUAACAAUCACUGCGUGCAUUAUAAGUGCUUUUGUUUUGUUGUUGGCUGUUUUGCAUUUGAUUAUGCACCGAAUAAAGGAUACGACAAAAUAUUUGACUAACAUUUCGGGACCAAAACCGAUUUUUCCGUUUGGGAAUAUGUUGGAUUUUGUGAAAGGAUCUACUGUUUUUCUGGAUAAUUUGAAUUCGUAUUUAAAAACAUACGGUGACACGGUGAUCCUUCACAAUGGUUCCUUUAGUUGGAUUAUAGUAACUGUAGACUAUGAAUUUUGCGAAUUGCUGUUAAGUUCCAAUACUCACAUAGAAAAGGCAAACCAGUACACAUUUUUCGACGGCUGGCUCGGACAAGGACUCUUAACAAGUACAGGCCCAAAGUGGAGAAGCCACAGAAAAGUCAUAACGCCCUCGUUCCAUUUUUCAAUUCUUCAAGAGUUUAUUUCUGUAUUUAACAGCGUCGGUAAUAAUUUAGUUACUAAACUGAAAAAUGAAGUUGGUAAAAAUAGCGUAGAUAUUUCGCCACUUGUUUCCUUGUACGCACUUGACGUUAUUUGCGAAGCGGCCAUGGGAGUUAAAAUAAAUGCCCUCGAUCAGAAGAAUUCAGAUUAUAUAGCGAGUAUUAAGGAAAUGUGCAGGAUUGUCGUUGAACGGUCGUUUUCCUUUUUCAAUCCUUUUGUUUAUCCAUUGACACCUAAUUAUUUUAAGGAACGCAAGGCUUUAAAGGUCAUUCAUAAGCAUGUGGACGGUGUCAUAUCGCAAAGAAUUGCAGACCAAGAAAAAAGAGAAAAUGAAAAAAACGCAAAAGAUCAAAGCGACGAUUUAGGUAUUAAAAAGCGUUUGGCAUUCUUAGACCUACUCUUAGAAGCUCGUAUUGAUGGCAAACCACUUACAAGAACCGAUUUGCGAGAUGAAGUGAAUACUUUUAUGUUUGAGGGUCACGACACCACAGCUUCUGCAAUCACCUUUUGUCUAUUUAUGCUGGCCACAAACCCCGAUGCACAGCAAAAAGUUAUCGAAGAACAAGUUGAAAUUUUCGGAUCUGAUCUUAAAUCGGCCACCCCCACGUACAAACAGCUCAACGCAAUGAAAUACCUUGAUUUGGUUAUCAAAGAAACCCUCAGGAUAUAUCCGUCGGUGCCGUUCUUUGCUAGAAGCUUGGCCCAUGAUUUGGAAUUUAAGGGAUCCUUAUAUCCGAAAGGUAUAUCCGUAGUAAUAUUUCUCUAUGGAUUCCAACAAAAUCCCAAAUAUUUUCCCGAGCCAGAUAAAUUUAUCCCUGAGAGAUUCGAGUUAGCGAAUAAUACCAAACUUCCCUAUAGUUAUACACCGUUUAGUGCUGGAUCUAGAAAUUGUAUAGGGCAAAAAUUCGCAAUGCUGGAGAUGUUGUCGGCCGUAUCAAAAGUAGUGAGAAACUUUGAACUUUUGCCAGCCAAACCGCACCAUAAACUUCAAUUAGCCUCUGAAACUAUAUUAAUUUCGAAAAAUGGAGCCAGGAUAUUUAUACGAGACAGAACAUAACGCUCGCAAAGCUUUAAAUUUUGUAAAAUAGGAAUAAAAAUGUAAACGGAAAUGAAUUGCUUGGGUAAUGCAUAUGGGUAAAAAUAAAUGUAUUUGUUUGAAUGCUUCACCCCAUGUCAUGUAUAUGAAAUAAAUAAGCAUUUGAUAGAAAAUGGAUGUUUCUG